ACGUGUUUGUGUCGUCAGCUGGUGGCGUCCAUCAUCUUCAUCAGUCUCGGUGUCGUGUCGUGCUUCCUCUGCUCCAUCAUCGACGGCAUCAUCGCGGCCGAGUUCAUCGACAGGAGGCCGCUGAUGGAGGGCCGCUGUGAGUUUUACUCCAGCUCUUCUUACUCCUACGACAGCUACUACGCUGAGGUUCACUGUAACUCCUACGGGAAUCCGUGUAAACUGAAGGUGAAGACCAACACCUGCUAUUGCUGUGACUUAUUCCACUGCGACAGUGUGGACUAUAGCAUGCACUACUACGAGUUCACGGGCGUCAGCAGCUGCUGGGACGUGGUGAAUCUGUACCGUCUGAUGUGGGCUUGUGUGACGCUCAACGUUCUCGGUGUGUUUCUGGGAAUCAUCACCGCUGCCGUACUGGGAGCCUUCAAAGACCUGGCUCCUGUGGCUCACAGUCACAUGACACCCAGUCCGGCUCCGCCCCCUCAUAUCCUGUACAAUCCCAGUCAACACAUGCUCUCCUACACCGGCUUCUGCCCGUCGGGACAAACGCUCCCCGCGUACCCGAACUACUCUCUGCCCAUGCAGCAUCUGAACGGUUACCCGGCUCCAUCCGCAGCUCCUCCCACCCCCGAGGUCUCGAACUCCCCGUCCGAUGAGACUCAACCGGCGGCUCAGAGCGGGACGAACCCGACCGGACCGACCCAACCCCAGUCUCAGGACACCAGCGCAUACAUGCUGACUCCAAACGCUCCCUCGCUCUACGCUCACUCCUUAGGGCCCUUCGAGAAGCCUCCUCCCUACGCCUGCUGAAACACCUCUGACCUCUGACCCGUGAAGAUCUGUGUGACCAUCGCCGCUAAUUACCUCUGUAAUCGUCAGUGUUUCUCGUAGCAAAUGUGAUCGAUGUUGUUCUUCGGUAGUUUCCAAAACCAUGUUAAACCCUCAUCCUUCCCUCGCGGGUCAGCAUGACCCGAAGCCCUAAAAUUAUACUUCUUUUUUUUUUGUCCAGAAAGCUUAUUUUAUUUCAUUUUGAUAAUAUUUUUUCUAUUUUUUGAUGCA